AUGCCUGCGUGGACGCCUCAAGCUGAUGCAGAACUACUUCGGGCCAUUGUCCAAGUAAAACGCAUCCAGGUCUCAGCCACAGACUGGAACGCAAUUUCCACCGCGAUCACCACCAAAAUGGGCGGUGACUAUUCAGGGAACGCCUGUCGGCUGCACUUCGCAAAGAUCAUCAAGGAAGGGGACGACUUCACCGCUUCUCCCACCAAAAAGCGCAAGAACUCUGGUGAUGACGAGGAUCAAGCGCCUGCCCCGAAGUCUCCUGCUAAAAAGCAGAAGAAGAGUACCAACGCCAAAUCUUCUGCCAAGCCCCAAGUCAAGCCUGAAGUCAAGAAGGAAACAUGCAUCAAGGACGAAGAGGAAGAACUCCUGGACGACUUGGAAAGUCCCGAUGACUACUGA